AUGAGAAAUAUUUUAUUCAAUGUGUUGCGGAAUAAUGUAUUCCAACAAACGAUCAGAAAACAACAACCCAUCAACUGGACAAACAGCCCUUGCUGUACAACACGUGACAUUUCCACACAUCUAUAUCCUCUGCUAGCCGGUCAUUCCAAAUGGGCAAAUAUCAGACAUAUCAAAGCAGCCAAAGAUGGACAAAAAUCGGCAUUAUUUUCCAAAAUUGCUAGACAAAUCCGAUUGGCAAUUCAAGAUGGUGGCAGUGCUGACCCGAAUUUAAAUACCGAAUUAAAAAGUGUUAUUGAAGAAGCUCUACGUAAAAAUAUGCCAAUGGCAACGAUACAAAAUAAUUUGAAAAAAUUCACUGCCUCUAAGUCACAAUUGAAAAAAUAUCGUCAAGAUGUACGCUACAAGCAGAAGGUCUUCAUGGUCUGUACCAUAUAUACGGAUAAUUUUGCCCAAUUGAAAAUGGAUAUGUCGACGAUAUUGCGUAAAGGUGGUGGCGUACAAAUUGAUGCUGGCCAUCUAUUUGAAGAUUUUGGUUUAAUUCAAGCCACCGUAGAUAAGGCGCGUAUGGCUGCCGGUGAAAGUCUGGAAGAUAGAGCAACAGAAGAUGCCAUUGAAUCAGGUGCUGAAGAUGUUGAAAUUAUGGAUAAUGAAACGGGUGCUGUUAAUUUCGUAUGUAAACCGGAGGGUAUUAAUGGUGUACGAAAGGCGUUGGAGAAUAAAGGUUAUACUGUCGUUAAUACCGAACACAUUUAUACACCAUUGAAUACGGUGACAUUGUCGCCGGAGGAGAAGGCCGAUUAUCAAAAGUUUGUAGAUAAACUAAAAGAAAUUCAGGGUAUCGAAGAUAUCUAUGAUAAUAUAGAAAUAGAUGAUGGUGAUGAAUAG